AUGGUAGCGGAAGCAGGGGUUGUUUAUCAACAGAGUUUGCCGGUGGUUCUGGAUAUUGAUGGAGACAUGGGUCUAAAGCAGGAGAAUGAUUGCGAUUCGGUUUAUGUUCCAACCAUCCGGUCUGGAAGCUACGCUGAUAUCGGAUCAAAGAAAUUCAUGGAAGACGAACACAUUCGCAUAGAUGAUCUUUCCUCACAAGUCGGGUCUCUUUUAGAAUUGCCAAAGCCAAGUGCUUUCUACGCGGUUUUUGAUGGCCAUGGAGGAUCAGAAGCAGCAACUUAUGUACGGCAAAACGCCGUAAAGCUCUUCUUUGAAGAUGAAAAUUUUCCACAGACAUCUGAAGUGAACAGUGUUUAUGUUGAAGAAGUUAAGAUCUCUAUGAGAAAUGCGUUUCUUCAAGCUGAUCUUGCUUUAGCGGAGGAUUGUAGCAUCAGCUCUUCUUCUGGCACCACAGCUCUCGCUGCUCUUGUCUCCGGAAGAGUCUUGAUGGUUGCAAAUGCUGGAGACUGCAGAGCGGUUCUAUGCAGGAAAGGCAAAGCGAUAGAGAUGUCACAUGACCAUAAACCGGUGAAUCUACCGGAGAGAAGAAGAGUAGAAGAAUCAGGCGGUGUCAUUGAGGGCGGUUACCUAAACGGAGAGCUAUCCGUAACAAGAGCUCUAGGGGACUGGUGCAUGAAACGGCCACACGGCUCCAAAUCUCCACUGAUUUCAGAACCUGAGAUCAAGCAGAUAACGUUAACAGAGGACGACGAGUUUCUUGUGAUCGGGUGCGACGGGAUUUGGGAUGUUUUGAGCAGCCAAGAAGCGGUCAGCAUCGUGAAGCGAGGCUUAAACCGACACGACGAUCCCACGAGAUGUGCGAGAGAGCUUGUGGUGCAGGCUCUGAGGCUGGAAGCGUUUGAUAAUCUGACGGCGGUGGUGGUGUGUUUUGUGAAUGUGGAGCGUGGGGAUGAGGUGGCGGUUCCGUUGGAGAGGAAACGGUGGUGUAGCCUUACGCCGGAGGCUCUCCGUAACUUGAGGAAUCUGAUGGAUGGCUGA